AUGCUAUUGCUUUGGACUGUACGAUGGCAUUUUAUGAUCCAAAUCGACCUAGCUACAAAAUUGACAGUGGAUGCAAAUCCUGUCGGACUUGGUGCAGUAUUAGCCCAAACACAAGAAAAUGGGCAAGAUCGCUGCAUAGCGUAUGCUAGUCGUUCCCUAACGCCUGUGGAAGCUCGCUACUCGAAGACCGAAAAAGAAGCAUUGGCUGCAGUGUGGGGUUGUGAACGUUUUCAUCUUUACCUUGUUGGAACACAAUUUGACCUCAUCACUGACCACAAACCAUUGGAAGUCAUUUACAGCCCAAAGUCCAAACCGCCACUCCGGAUAGAACGUUGGUUACUACGAUUGCAACAAUACAAGUUUAAUAUCAAGUAUCGACCAGGUAGCAGCAACCCAGCUGACGUGUUGUCUCGACAACCUUUAUUCACCAACUACAAGUCAAGUACCAUAGCGGAGAAAUAUGUCAAUUUCAUCCAAAGUCACUCGGUUCCUAAAUCUCUCACGCUCGAUGAGAUUCGUAUCGCAACGUUAAAUGAUCCUGAACUGCAGAGAGUAACUAGCGCAGUAAAGGAAGAUCGAUGGAACAAAACAGAUAGUUGUUUAAGCCCAUAUCGUAAUCAGCACGAGCAGUUGACAGUUUCGGAAUGUGGAGUUAUACUACGAAAUUCACAGAUCGUUAUCCCAAAGAGUCUCCGUAGUCGUGUCCUUUCUAUCGCUCAUGAAGGACAUCAAGGGAUAGUUAAAACUAAAAUGCUUGUACGCAGUAAAGUAUGGUGGCCUGGUAUUGACAAGCAAGUGGAGCAAAUGGUUAAAGAAUGUGUACCCUGCCAAGCAGCAGUACACCAGUCACCAAAAUGUCAACCACCCCUGAAUAUGACAAAGUUACCUCCACAUCCUUGGCACACACUUAAUGCAGAUUUCUGUGGUCCAUUCCCAAAUGGCGAGAAAUUGUUGGUCGUGAUUGACGCCUAUUCCAGAUAUCCAGAAGUUGAAGUGAUGCAAAGCACGACAACCACGGUUGUGAUCUCCAAACUCCAAAGAAUCUUUGCCCGACAUGGAUAUCCCGAAGAAUUGAUAACCGAUAACGGACCCCCGUUCAAUGGAUGGCCUCAAGCCAACGGUGAGGCAGAGCGAUUCAUGAAAACAGUAACAAAAGCAAUCCGUACUGCUCAUUCGGAAGGAAAAAGAUGGCAAAGUGAAUUAGAUCUUUUUCUUCUCAACUACAGAUCCACACCUCAUUCUACGACACACCUUAGUCCAGCUGAACUUUUGUUCAAUCGCUCAAUUAGAAAUAAGCUUCCCAGUUUCUUAUCCCUACAACACAAUGAUGGCCCUGUGGAACACCACGUUGUUUGA